UCUCAUCUAUUCAGAGCACGCGACUGUUGCAUUGGAAGUGUUCUCAUCUCAACUGCCUUGUCCACGCACGACUCGCUAGCAACAUAGAGAUAUUGCCAGAGAGCAAACAAGACCCAAAACUCAAGCUUUGGUGUGAUUAACGCAUGGGUGGGCGUCAUGAGCCUGUUGCAUGGGGGCAUGCCGCAUCAAACUGGUCGUGUACCCCAUGCAUGAUCGGAGUUGGGACAGGUCGGCGGCGGGCAGUAGGCGGGACCGCGCACUGGGAGCUACUAGCAACAACCCAACAAAGACUUAACAUUAACCACCAAGAAAUUGUCCCCCCAGCAUAUAAUCCUGGUGCGUGUGUCCUUCACUUCCUUCGUGACAUGUCUGCCACCAGCAUGGCAUCUUCCAAGCUGGACUCAGAGUUCAACGAAGCCUUGCUUGACGUCCGCAUCACUUGGCAGCCUAGGUCGUUCGUAUCCGCUGUACGCACCGUUACUUCGAGGAGACUGAGGGCUUACGCUCCGGCCCGGUUCACUCAAAGUGGAUCCAGAGGAUCAAUGGUCCCUGCCACAACCUUCGCCCUCUCUUUCCUGCGACUAUCUCGGCUGGUGGCUUGUGGAGGUCCGACUGCCCAACUGCCCACCCCUCCCACAGCUUCUGCUCUCCCCACCUUGCGAACGCGAUCUGGUCCAUCAAGACCUAAACCCGCGAAACAUGAUCUAUCCGGAUUUCAUGGAGUACUUGGAAAUGGAGGGACCUGAACGGGUGAUGCCGUGGCUCGCUGCUCGGAAUUUCACAUCGUGGUGGGGUCGCAUGCGCUGGACUUUGUUCAAGCGAGUGGUG